AUGCCCCUCCUCAUCUUGACCCUUUUCGGUCUUGCAAUCUUGUCCCUGAUCCUCGUGUCCGUCUUCAUCCUCUACCAACCGCCCAAGUGGCUGAUCCGCCGGCUCCAAGCUCGCCAUCCUGGCGUGCUAUUCCAAAUAACCCCAUCCCCAACGGAUGACAAGAUCGUGGCUUUGACCAUCGAUGAUGGCCCGUCUCGGCACACACGGGAAAUCCAACGCCUCCUCAAGGCUCAUCAGGGCGCUGUCAGAGCCACCUUUUUUGUCAUUGGGUCACACAUCCCCGGCCACGAGGAGACUCUGAGAGAUCUGGUCUGUGACGGCCACGAGUUGGCAAACCACGCCAUGCACGACGAACCGUCCCUGCGUCUCCCUCCUGAAGAACUCGGGCGGCAGAUCCAGGCGGUGGAAAGACAGAUCCACGACAUCUAUGCAUCCUCGGCCGUGAAGCAGCAGCAGCAGCAGCCGCCCAAGUAUUUCCGGCCCGGCAGCGGCUUCUUCAACGCGACGAUGCUCGCCCUCCUCACACGACCAGAGCUGAACUACAGGCUCGUCCUGGGGAGCGUGUAUCCCUGGGACGCGCAGAUUCCCUGGCCGAGGCUGAACGCGUGGCAUAUUCUGCGCAGUGUGACGCCGGGCGCCAUCGUGGUCAUCCACGACAGGGAGUGGACGGCGCCGAUGUUGAGGAUCGUCUUACCCGAGCUGACCAGACGAGGGUGGAGGGUUGGGACGGUGACGGACCUGCUGGACCAUUCACUGGGAGCUAAGGACAGAUGA